GUGGUAGAGCAUGACACAACUUCUAACCACUGUUUAGGUUUUUAAAUAGAGAUAUUUUAAAUCAAUGUACAGAGCCUGGAGGGAAUAAUACCCAGAACAAGAAAAAACUACAGAGAGAGCUGUCACGAUAACAAUCAGAAUGAAGACCAUUUCUUUCUUCUACUGUCUUCUAUAUGCUGCUGGGAUCGCAGGAGCAGACAUCUAUGUAGAGGGAUUCGAGGGGGGAGAAGUCUCGUUCCAGUGUUCACACAAACUUGCGUGGAAAAACAAUAAAUACCUCUGCAAGGAUCCAUGUAGAGACAUUGAGGAUACACUGGUUACUGUGCAAUCUGGCAGUAGAGCGGCGUCAGGGAGGAUAACUCUGGUGGAUUCGGGGGACGGAGUCUUCACUGUGACCUUCAGUCAACUCCAGCUGUCAGACUUGGGGAGAUACUGGUGUGCAGUGAACAGGAUUGGUUUUGACACAUUCACUGCAGUACAUGUUACUGUCAAGGAAGCUGUUACAACUGUCAUGCCUGAACUUUCUCCCACAUGGACAUAUCACAAUAUUUCUACCUCAACACAAUUGACAUCUGGAAUGGACACCAGUAGGCCUGCAAACCUCUCAACAGCCUCAAACAGCACUAAAGGAGAAGAACAGAACAGCAGCACAGGCACCGUGUUGUACGCUACAGUCGGGGCUGUUGCCAUGAUGAUCACAUUCUUGAUGCUGGCAAUGAUCGGCAUGAAACGCCUAGCAAACUCAAAACCUCAACCACAAGUUUGCUUCAACAGCACCGCCCUUGUCAGUGCAGAUGAAAGAGAGGCCGAAUGUGAGUACGAUGACAUUGGCGAGGAGGUGCAGCCGAUAAAAACAAUAUCUGAGAGGUUCUCUUGUACCCACCACCCAAAGCAGGAUCCACCAACAGCUGCGUCCACAGCAGCUGAAAGCAGCGAACACCUUCAUAUCUAUGAAAACAUCUGCUGCUCCAAAGGCACUGCACAUUCAAGAUACCCCGCUGCAAACGUCCGAGACGAGCAUGACAACAGCUCUGGGAUCUACAUCAAACCUUUGCCAUCUGUCAGCGCUGGCAAAGGCUGUCUUAGAAAACACACAAAUAAACCUACAGCAACAACAAAUGCGACAAGCAAACCUACAGAGAGCUGUGCAAGCAAUAAUGCAUCCGCCUGUCACCCCCGAUCUUGCAUUGAUUCCACAGAAGUGAGGCCCAGAUCACUUUGGUUUGGUUUGGAUUUAUCAGGGACGGUGUGAGUUACUCUCAAAAGGUAGAUUGGUAGGAUUUUUAUGAACAUUGAUGGACAACUGACCUGUACCUCCUACUCUGCUUCUCCAGUUACAACCAACAUUUAUCUUUGAAUUUAUCAAAAUGUUGUAUCCUUUUCAAAGAUAUGCUGAGGGGUGUAGACGAGUCCUGUCUUUGCAUUGAUUUAGAGUCAUUAUGUAUGUGUGCUACAGACUAGCAAUAUUACUUAUAACUGUAAAAAGGAAACAAGGGAAUAUGUUUUCAAAGCUUCACUGAGUUACUUUACGUAUUUUUAAAUAUUUAUUUUGCUUUACUUGAUGCACGAUAGAGUAAAGUGAAAAAGGAAGGAUGGAUGAAGGUGUUGACAGUCAAUUCUCAGAUAGAUUAAUAUAAUGCAAUAUGAUACUGCAGUCAUUAGAAUGUAUACAAUUUUUAAAAUGUAAUUUUUUGCUGAAACUGCUAUUGUUGAGAGAGUCUUUUAAGAUUUUAACUGUUACAUCAAAGUGUUUUUGCAUUGCCUUUUGUCUACCUGUAUGCACGACACAGUGUCAACUAUAAAUUAUCAUUACAAGCUUCAAAUGGAUGGUACUUGUUGCACUGUUAUUACACAUUUCACUGCCUUACAGAGAGUAAUCAUUACAGACACUGUGAUGUUGAGAAAAAAAGUGGUUUGAAGGCUCUUAGCCAAACUGUCUAACAUAUAUAAAUUGUAAAACCUUAACUUUAUGCAUUUUUAGGCUGAUUAUUAAUCACAGACUUAAGAUAAAAAAGAAAUUCAGAUACUGAACAAUCUAAAGGGUGCAAGGAAUUGCAGUAUCGACAAACAAAAAAUAUCCUUGUUUCUUCAGCUUUCUUGUCCAUUUGAGCUAACAAGCUAUUAUAAUAAUAAUACAUAUGCAUAAUAGAACUAUAUAUAUAAUAAAGUACAUAAAUGUGAUUUUCAGGUUUAUCAUGUGACGAGUCAGAGGCUUCAGAGGAGGCAGUUACAGCUACUCUGGUAAGCUACUAGUAACCUUUUAGCUGGACAAGUUUAUCUUUUUCUUCCAAUUAGAUUUGACUAUACUGCCUUAUUUAUGAAGUAUCACAAACUCAAUUACUAAGAUGUUGGAGCAUUGAACUGUUUUUCAAUUAAAGGGAACUGGGUAAAUUAGCUUUAGCUAAGGCUAUCUCACCAGCAAGCCUUAAAGGUGCAGUGUGUAACAUCUGGUGUGGAAUCUCCUCCCGUGUGCCAAACGUGUAGGAGAACUACGGUAGCCGACACAAAAACGUGAACACGUAAAUGGCCCUAUCUAAAGCCAGUGGUUGGUUUGUCCGUUCUGGGCUACGGUAGAAACAUGGCAGCCAGCUUCGUGAAGAGGAUGUAGAUAUAAAUAUGUAGAUAUAAACAGCUCAUUCUAA